GUCCGUUCCUUGUUCCUUUCUCCCAAUUCCCCAACGACAAUGUCCAUUCAAGUUGUACCAUUAGGAGCAGGUCAAGAUGUCGGUAGAAGCUGCGUGCUGGUCACGAUCAAGGGAAAAAACAUAAUGUUUGAUUGCGGUAUGCAUAUGGGCUACAAUGACGCGCGACGAUUUCCAGACUUUACAUAUAUCUCGAAAACGGGACGAUUCACUGAAAUCUUGGACGCCGUCAUUAUCACUCACUUUCACCUCGACCACUGUGGCGCCUUGCCCUUCUUCACCGAAAUGUGUGGCUACGACGGACCCAUCUAUAUGACACAUCCAACAAAAGCUAUCUGUCCUAUUUUACUCGAAGAUUAUCGAAAAAUCACAGUUGAGCGAAAAGGCGAAACAAAUUUCUUCACAUCGUACAUGAUCAAAGACUGCAUGAAGAAGGUUGUCCCUAUCAAUUUACACGAAACCAUCCGGGUCGACGACGAUAUUGAGAUAAAGGCUUACUAUGCGGGGCACGUGCUUGGUGCAGCCAUGUUCUACGUGCGCGUCGGCAACGAAUCUGUAGUGUAUACGGGCGACUACAAUAUGACACCAGAUCGACAUCUGGGCUCGGCGUGGAUUGAUAAAGUACGGCCCGACGUCUUGAUCACCGAAAGCACGUACGGCACAACGAUCCGUGACUCGAAACGAGCUCGCGAACGUGACUUUUUGAAAAAGGUGCACGACUGUGUAGCCAAUGGAGGCAAUGUGCUUAUUCCAGUAUUUGCGCUGGGUCGUGCCCAAGAACUGUGUAUAUUGAUUGAAUCGUAUUGGGAACGCAUGGGGCUCCAAGUCCCCGUGUAUCAUUCUGCUGGCCUGACAGAACGUGCCAACGAUUAUUAUAAGCUUUUUAUCAACUGGACAAACCAAAAAGUGAAAUCUACAUUUGUGGAGCGCAACAUGUUUGAUUUUAAGCACAUCCAGACCUGGAAUCGGACACUGCUCGACCACAAGGGUCCCAUGGUGGUGUUUGCAGCGCCAGGCAUGCUCAAUUUGGGGACUUCCCUCGAUAUAUUCAAGCGAUGGGCGCCAGAUUCAAAGAACAUGGUCAUCUUACCGGGUUAUUGCUCUGCUGGGACAGUCGGUGCCAAGGUUCUACAACGUCAAAAGGUUAUUGAAGUCGAUAAGUUUACCAAAGUGCACGUCAAUCUACAAGUUCGUAACCUGUCAUUCAGUGCUCAUGCCGAUGCCAAGGGUAUCAUGCAACUGAUUCGUCACUGUGAGCCUCGUAACGUCGUACUUGUUCACGGAGAAAAGGGGAGCAUGGAUUUUCUUAAAGGCAAGAUCGAGAAGGAGAUGGAUAUCCCCUGUUUCAAUCCGCCCAACGGUGUCAGCAUCAGUAUCAAGACGCGCUUAUCUAUGCAAGCAACCGUCAGCACCGAAUUACUCAGAUCGUUCCUCGUAGCGGAUGCAAAAACCCGGAUCAAGGCAUCAGAAUCUUCAGCCGACACAGUUGGACCACCUCGGGGUAUUCCCAUCAGCGGCACACUUGUGAUGCGUCGGGAUGAUACCAACCCCAACAAGUCUAUAGUCAAACUCAUAUCCAACGAGGAAUAUAAAUCCGAAUUCCAGGAGCAACAGCAGCAGCGCUAGUCCUUAUAUUUUUCUACCUCAUCGCGACCCAUUCUCUACCUUUACUGUUUCCCGCUUUGCAUCUUGAAUUUGUAAAUAGUUACUAUAUAUUUUAAUAAGAAACAACA